AUGAGGACUAUCUUUGCUUCAUUGCUGCUGGGUUCAACCAUUCUCAGCGCUUCUGGAGCAAUAAUUUCAGGAAUUGAUCAACUGACACAGAAGAGUUACGACUUUAUUGUAGUCGGAGGUGGGAAUGCCGGAGCUGUAGUUGCGAGCAGACUAUCGGAAAAUAGCACCUUUAAAGUGCUGUUAAUUGAAGCAGGUCCAACAAAUGUGGGUGUUUUAAAUGCCAUUGUUCCUGGGUUAUUUGGGCCUCUUCAGAGGUCUAUUUACGAUUGGAACUAUACAACUGUACCCGGAACUGGCAUAAACAAUCGUACUUUAAAUUAUCCAAGGGGUCACAUUUUAGGAGGAUCCAGCUCUAUUAAUGGCAUGGCGUACACACGCGGAUCUAAAGAUGAUUACGAUCGAUGGGCCAAGGUCACUGGCGACUCGGGUUGGUCUUGGAACAGUCUUCUGCCGUACUUCUUCAAAGGAGAAACAUACAUUCAAUCAAUUUACGACGGAAAUGGUGUUGGCCCAGUCAUUGACCCGUCUGCUCAUGGAUCCAAUGGGACUGUCUUCACUAGCUCACCUAUCAGUUCAAAGCCAAUUGAUCCUCGAGUAAUCAAGGUCACAGAGGAGUUACCAUUACUUUUCCCUUUUCUGAAGGACAUGAAUGCUGGAGUACCUUUGGGUGUUGGCUGGAAUCAGGCAACAAUCGGAAACGGAACAAGGAGUAGCUCUGCAACAGCUUACCUCUCAGAGUCAACUAUUGGCCGCACAAAUCUCGAUGUAUUAUUGAAUACUAAGGUAACGCGAGUGCUUCCGGGGUCAUCAAAGGGAUCUUUCAAUUUUGUCGAGAUUGAAGGUCCGCAACAUUCGAAUAGCUCUUCUACUACUCUGAAAGCCAAUAAAGAGAUCAUCUUAUCAGCAGGGAAUGUAAAUACCCCUCAAAUCCUUCUUAACUCUGGAAUUGGGGAUAAGGAUGAAUUGGCGAAACUGAAUAUCCCAAGCGUUCUGAAUCUUCCCAGUGUAGGAAAGAACUUGACGGACCAGCCGAACCUGUCAAUACAGUUCUCUGUUAAUUCUAACGGAUUUUGGGACACCAUUAACACCAACGCUACUUUGCAAGCUUUGGCUUUGGCUCAAUGGAAUCAAAACAGGACAGGGCCAUAUGCUAGCCCCUUCACCAACUUCCUCAUCUGGUCUCGUCUACCCUCAGAUUCGCCUAUUAUUGCACAGUAUGGUGACCCUUCGGCCGGGCCAAACACGCCUCAUAUCGAGCUUUUCCCCCUCAGUGCAUCUUCGUCUGCAACGCAGCCUGGCCUUUUUGGUUCUAUGGCGGCUAUCAUUGUGUCACCAAGUUCCCGAGGCUCUGUAACGCUCAAUUCCGCCGAUCGAUUCGGACAGCCAAAUAUCGACCUAGGGUACUAUACAUCAGAGUUCGAUAUCAAUGCCAUGGUGCAAGCCAUCAAACUUGCCCAACAAUUCUACAACACCACAGCCUUUAAAGGUUACAUCAAUCAGCAGCUCAACCCUCCAGUCGGCUCAACAGACGAGCAACUCAAGGCUUACAUACGCGGAGCGACUACCAGUGUCUGGCAUGGUAUCGGAACCGCUUCUAUGUCACCCAAAGGAGCAAAUUAUGGCGUUGUUGACCCUGAUCUCCGCGUCAAGAGUGCGACCGGGCUGCGCAUCGUUGAUGCCUCUGUAAUACCUCUCAUUCCUGUUGCGCAUACUCAGGCCCCUGUGUAUGUUGUAGCGGAGCGUGCUUCGGAUUUAAUUAAGAAAGCCUGGAAUUAG